AUGGCGUCGAACACCGGGAGGGGAAUGGCAUCCCUCUACGCGGACCUCCUAGAACCGAAACCCAUCAAAUCUGACCAGCAUUCCACGAUAUCCAAAUCGCCUGUACUGUUUGCUCCCGGCGCCACCCCGUCAUCCUCAAAUGACACAGCAAGCGGCAGCGACCAACUUGCAUCUGCGAAGAAGCAGGUAUCUUCAGCUGCUUUAAGAUUCCAACCGAUACCACGUAGGCCCCAGCCGAACCAACAGAAGACCGUCAAAAGAGCUGGAAUAAACACAUUCGCGAAGCAACCAAAAUCCGACGCGCCGAAUGACCACGGCCUGGAAUCGGCCACGACCUCGAGCACGGCGGCAGUAGCUACACGCGCACCCAUAGUCAAAAGCACCCUUGAGGAUUGGGCAACAAAUGACGACGACGACGACGAUGAUGUUAAUGGGUUUUACGCAACACGACAGAGGGGUGGUAGAAAGAGAAGAAAGAAGAAUAAGGAUAAAGACCUUGAAAAAACAGCACAAAGUUGGGAUGAUAUCUACGACCCUUCGAGACCGAACCAAUACGAAGAAUAUAAAGAUAGCGAGGAGAAGGAUCAGGAAAUGCGAGACUGGCGUGAUAGGCUUUAUGGCAGAAGACAGGCUUUUAGCUCAGAUGAAUCCGAUGAUGAGCGAGCACGGUUUUCAAUGAAAGGUUUUGCGCCCCCGGCAAGUUUCGGGUUCGCUCCUCCCCCCAAUCUAGACCAACCAUCUGAGCCUCAGCCUCAGCACGAACCGGCCCCUAUGCUAGAUGCCGCUACCGGCGAUGAGGUUUGGAUGAUGAGGGCAAGAAUGUCACAAGCUGCAUCUGCGCCGACUGGUACCAUAUCGGGUGUUCCACAAGAUCGCGAGCCGCCGCCGCCGCCGCCGCCGCCGCCAGAAGAAUCCGGGGACCUACCGUCAGUAUCUCCAGCAAUCGGGUCCUCAAACAUACAUAGCGUUACGAUAUCACGUGCUCCGGUCAUUUAUAGUCUGCCACCUGCACCACCGGAUCUUAGCCAGGAUGGUGAUUUUGAUCCGUCCGAGGCAUUCGAGGAUGAUAAUGAAGAUAUCCCUUCUGAGUCGGCACAAGACUCAGAUAUUCCCAGAUCUAAUCGGCCGGGCCAGAAGGGGUUCGCGGAAAGGUUGAUGUCGAAGUAUGGGUGGACAAAGGGUACCGGUCUUGGUGCUAAUUCUUCAGGAAUGGUCCACGCUCUUCAAGUUAAAGCGAACAAAGGCAAAGACUCAAAGGGAGUCGGAAAAAUCCUCGACAAGAACAAGAAACGGGGUGACGAUGUGGGUAAAUUUGGUAAGAUGAGUGAGGUUGUGGUCUUGCACAAGAUGGUCGACGGGCUUGAGGGUGAAGACCCAGCCGUCCUUAUGCAAGAGAUAGGAGAUGAAUGCUCCGAGAAGUAUGGACGAAUCGAGAGGGUUCACAUUAUUCACAAGCAAUCGGAGGACGCACCCUCCAAAGUAUUUGUACAAUUUACAAGCCAACUAUCGGCCCUCAGAGCCGUAAACGCUUUGGAAGGACGAAUGUUCAACGGAAAUACUAUCGAGGCAAGAUUUUUCGAUGUGGACGAGUUUGAAGCCUGGCUUCGCAACUAA